AUGGGGCGCUGGGCGCUGCUGCCUGGCUGGGUUUCCGCUACGCUGUUGCUGGCGCUGGCCGCUCUGCCUGCAGCCCUGGCCGCCAACAGCAGUGGCCGAUGGUGGGGCAUCGUGAACGUAGCCUCCUCCACGAACCUGCUGACCGACUCCAAGAGUCUGCAACUGGUACUCGAGCCCAGUCUGCAGCUGCUGAGCCGCAAACAGCGGCGGCUGAUCCGCCAGAACCCGGGGAUCCUGCACAGUGUGAGCGGGGGGCUGCAGAGCGCUGUGCGAGAGUGCAAGUGGCAGUUCCGGAACCGCCGCUGGAACUGUCCCACAGCUUCGGGGCCCCACCUCUUCGGCAAGAUCGUCAACCGAGGCUGUCGGGAAACAGCAUUUAUCUUCGCCAUCACCUCGGCCGGGGUCACCCAUUCGGUGGCGCGCUCCUGCUCGGAGGGCUCCAUCGAGUCCUGCACGUGCGACUACCGGCGGCGCGGUCCUGGGGGCCCCGAUUGGCACUGGGGGGGCUGCAGCGACAACAUCGACUUCGGCCGCCUCUUUGGCCGGGAGUUUGUGGACUCCGGGGAGAAGGGGCGGGACCUGCGCUUCCUCAUGAACCUUCACAACAACGAGGCGGGCCGCACGACCGUGUUCUCCGAGAUGCGCCAGGAGUGCAAGUGCCACGGGAUGUCUGGCUCGUGCACGGUGCGCACGUGCUGGAUGCGGCUGCCCACGCUGCGCGCCGUGGGCGACGUGCUGCGGGACCGCUUCGACGGCGCCUCGCGCGUCCUGUACGGCAAUCGCGGCAACAACCGUGCCUCGCGGGCCGAACUGCUGCGCCUCGAGCCCGAGGACCCCGCUCACAAGCCUCCCUCCCCCCACGAUCUCGUCUACUUCGAGAAAUCGCCCAACUUCUGCACAUACAGCGGACGCCUGGGUACAGCGGGCACGGCAGGGCGCGCCUGCAACAGCUCGUCGCCCGCGCUGGACGGCUGCGAGCUGCUCUGCUGUGGCCGGGGCCACCGCACGCGCACGCAGCGCGUCACCGAGCGCUGCAACUGCACCUUCCACUGGUGCUGCCACGUCAGCUGCCGCAACUGCACGCACACUCGCGUACUGCACGAGUGCCUGUGA